AUGUCCAACCGACUCGUUGCACUCGUCUCCCCUCUGGACCUCAACACCUUGCAAUUCAUCACCUUACUUGUACAAUCCAAUUGGCCACCCUCAACUGGCGCCACCGUGCAACUCGGACGCCAGAUAACAAGCAGUGGGCAAGUACUUUACAAGGCCGUGGUCACGAACUGCGCUGGGGGGAAUAUGUACGGGAAUAUCAACCUUCUGACAGACAUUGUGGUGGGGCAUUCGAGGGGCGAGGCGCUGUACAGGUUGUUGGAACAUGUGGAAGUCCAGGGUUGGAGGAGGAUUAUGGAGGCAGACAUGGGAGUAGAUAGGUGA